AUGUCUCCCACGAGUAUAGAAACAACGAAAGCUCCAAUAAAUGAUGCCCCAAAAUAUAGUCUUCUUCAAAAGAAUACUUUCAAGAACACUAAUAAGGAAUAUAAUGGGCCUUCACCAUAUGCUGAAAAGUAUAAGGAAGGUCCAUCAUAUCAGCCGAGUACUCUUUAUCUUGAACCUUCAGGAGAUCUUGACCGUGAAUAUGAAUUUGAUGAGAUAACACCACAGAUAGGUAGAGAAUACCCGACUGCUAAAAUUAGUGAUAUCCUUAAGGACAAAAAGAAAGUACAAGAUUUUGCUAUCACUAUUUCUCGCCGUGGAGUAGUUUUUUUUAGAGAUCAGGAUAUUACUGUCGAAGAACAGAAGAUCCUCGCAGAUGAACUCGGAAAAUUAACACAUAAACCGAAAACGUCGGGACUUCAGCAGGAGGAUUUUUUAAAGACGAUAAUUCCGAAGAGACAGAUCCAGAAGUGUCUAUAA